AUGGCGUGGAACUACAUUCGGUCAUUCGCAGUGGUUGCGGCCUCUGCGUUCAUGCUGCGGGCGAGCGCUGCCAAUGUGCAGACUGGCGAGCAACCCCAGUUCUCCCUGAGCUACCUCAAUGCUCAUGCCAGCCCACCUAACGAUCCCCGUUUCCGCCUGCCCCCCUCCUUCUCCGAUCCGCCGUUCUCACCAGACAGCUGGGAUAAAGUUCCCGACUACUGGAACUACGGCGUCUGGUACUUUGUUGCAACUUCGAGCGCAAUCUUAGCCGACUGGACCAAUAUCCAAUGGGAGAUGACUCCGCUCAGCCUGGACAACCAAUCCGCCCCCUCGGUGGAAGGACAAGAGUUCUUCUACUUCGAGCUGCUCGGCGUCCCCGUCAAGCUCUACGGUACUACGUGGCCUCUUGCCCCUGACUCGUACGAGUCCACUCUACCCGGUGCGGGCGCUGUGAUCAACAACGUCUGGGAGUUCAUCGCUUGGGGCUACGACAGCAAAGGCGUGCCGUACGCGCUGCUCUACGAGACUCAAGCCGGACCUCUUCCGCCCAGCAUCAGUCUUCUUUCUCGUUCCAACAGCGGUGUUGCUGAGGACACGUAUGAGCUGCUCCGUGAGGGGCUCCGGAAUCUGGGUAACGCGGACCUGGCCCAGCUUGCGGACGACCUGUACCACCUCCCGCAUAACCACAACAAUGAUGGAGAGCCCUUCCCGACGUGUGGGUCUACAUGCAAGUUGAAUUUGCUCGUUGAUCUCCCUGUAAACCUUUCUUCUCUGGGCCUAUAG